AUGCUUCGACUGGUGGAUCAUGCCGUUGAGUUAAUUUACACGUUGAAUGAGGUUGUGGAUGCCGACGUGGGGCUUUCUGAGGAGUAUGAGCAGUACACGCAGCACACACAGCACAAGAGAAUCCAAGGGAACUGUACAACCCACCAAGACAUUCUCCAGCUUCUCAACUUUGUCAGAAAGCACAGCGAGCAGCUAGAGCGGCGUGGAUUGGACACACGCGGUUAUAAUUUGGUUACGCUACUCGCUGGCUCAAAACCCAUUGAUAACAAAGAACACAAGUUUUCUUUAGAUAAAAGCAGGGAAUAUGACGCAAAUAUGGAUAAAAUCAAAGACCAGCUCGAUAGGAAUGCUUAUUUGAGUAUGGUGGGAUCUUCUCUACUCCCCUUAGACGAGCAACAGCCCAAGCCCAAAUCUGAGUACAAGCAGACAAAAGACGAGCUGCAAGUGGUUACAUCUGUUAUCGCAAGUAUGUUGGCCGUAGCCACUGCGAUUUGGUGGGCAGGCGGUUCAAUAAACCCAAUAUACAAAACACUCUUUGCCUUCUUGGGCGCUAUCUUUAUCGCUCUAGUUGAAGCGUCGCUGUAUAUCAUCAUUCAAGGGCGUAAGACGAGUGCAGCGAGUGGCUAG